AUGGUGCAGCACGAUGGUGAUGGUAAUACAGCAAGAGUAGUUGAUGAACCAGUAGGGGCUGAUGAUUCAGCACCAGUAGUUGAUGGAGCAGUUGUGGUUGAUGGUACGGCAUGGGUAGUUGGUUUACCUGUUGAAUGA